AUGGAAAAUAAAAAUCAAAAUAAUGAAUUAUCAAUUUUUGCUGAAAUAUUACCAAAUGUAAAGUCUAUGACCGUUAAUGUUGGUUUACCAAACAAAAAAGAUGAAUCUUCAUAUAAAUUCGGAAUAUAUCCGUUAAAAUUAAUUUUCGAGUCACAACCACCACCAAAUAAAGCAACCUUACCUAUAAAAAUCGAAGUACCUUUAGUACAAACAAUCGAAACGUCAGAACAACCGAUAGUAACAAACUCUGAAGAGAGUAUAGAUAUAAAACUUAAAUUACGUACGUUUGUACGUAAAAGGCCUGCGAAAAGAGAUAUUAGUACGAGUGAAACUUACCAAUCUCCCUUUAGUUCAACAGAAAUCUCUUCGCUCAAGAAUAUAUUAUGUGGAAUGUGUAAAGAACGAUGCAUUAAAGAGAAUACGUUAAAUAAGAUAUUGGAUAUGCCAUCAGAACAUUGGUUAGAAUUAAUAGAUUGUUGGAUGUGUCAUCAAGAAAAUUACAAACAUGCCAUAAUCGGGGAUAUUGUUGCUAAAGAAAAUGUUGGAUUGGUUGGUAAUACAUAUUUUUUAAUGCAUCCUAAUAAUGUGAGAGAGAACGUUCUGAGAGUUGAUGUUGAGGAAUCACAGGAAAUCGAUAUUAUAAUGGACUUAAAGAAGGCUAAUAUCAUGAAAUUGGAUAAUUUGGUCGAUACUACGAGUCCUAAAUUAAAUCAUGCUCAUUUAUUUCAACAUUGGGCAAAAGGAAUGUCAAAGAAAUGGAUAUCAAUGAAUUGUUCAAGAUGCUUGGCUUCUAUCGGAGAAGGUUUAUAUUGUAAAUCUAAUGAAGAAUUAAUUUUAUUAGCCGUUAGGUUUAGUAAAUAUAUGACCUUAAUUGAAUUAGGAGGAAGUGAGGAUGUUAAUGUUAAAGAGUCAAUUAUACGAAAAUACAAAUUUACAGCUUUUUUUGCCGGGGAUUUUCUUGAAGCGGCAAAAGCUCAUGCAACUUAUAGGUUUAUUAUUAAAGGGAAAAGGUUCAGACGACCUUAUAUUUUGAUUUGGCUAUUUGGAUGGGAUUCGAAAAUUAUGAUGAAUGCUUUGGAAGGAAGUAAACCCUUUCGCCCAUUUUCAAAAAAUGUUGAAGAAGAUUGUAGUAUUAUUGAAAGUAAUUUGAAGAUAUGUGAUGUUAUGAAGAUUUUGUAUGUUGAUUGUACAACUAUAGAACAAGAUGUCACGUCUACAAGGUUAAUGGAACAAUGGCAAAAGGAUAAGACAGUAGAACAUUUUAUCUAUCAAGAUGAUAUUUGUUUAGAAUUAUUAUUGUUGUUAAGGAAGAGUACGAGUUGUCUACCUUUCAGUAAAAGGCAUAUGAAUGAUUUCUUGGUAGGAUUUAUGGAUAUGAAUGGAUGA